UCAGAUCAAACAGCACUGGUAAACCCACAAAGGAAAAAAAAUGGGUUCCCAGAAAAUUCAACUGGCGAUUCUUUUUUCGAUCUGGGCUUCAUUUACAUGCCUAUCCUUCAGCCUCCCAAGUGAAUAUUCAAUACUGGGGCAUGAGGUGAACGAGUUUCCUUCAGAGGAACGAGUGAUCGAGCUCUUCCAGCGAUGGAAGGAGGAGCACAGAAGGGUGUACAGGCACGUGGAGGAGGCGGAAAAGAGGUUGGAGAAUUUCCGGCGGAAUCUGAAGUACAUAAUAGAGAGGAAUGCAGAGAGGUCAAGGGCGUCGCCAAAGGCGCAGCGCUUGGGGUUGAACAGGUUUGCUGAUAUGAGCAAUGAGGAGUUCAAUAAGAUGUACAUAUCGAAGGUGAAAAAGCCGGUCAACAAGAGGAGCAACACUCUGAUCAGCCGGAGCAUGCAGGAGAAGCUGCAAUCUUGUGACGCUCCUUCCACCUUGGAUUGGAGGAACAAGGGGAUUGUUACUCCUAUUAAAGACCAAGGCAGCUGUGGAAGUUGUUGGGCAUUCUCCUCAACUGGUGCCAUAGAAGGAAUAAAUGCCUUAGACACUGGAGACCUUAUUAGCCUUUCGGAACAGGAACUUGUGGAUUGUGAUUCUACCAACGAGGGAUGUGAAGGAGGGUAUAUGGACUAUGCUUUUGAAUGGGUUAUAAGCAAUGGUGGGAUUGACACAGAGUCUGAUUAUCCCUACACUGGUGUGGAUGGUACCUGCAACACCACCAAGGAGGGAAACAAAGCUGUAUCCAUUGAUGGCUAUGAGGAUGUAGGCGAAUCAGACAGUGCUCUCUUGUGUGCUACUGUUCAGCAGCCCAUUAGUGUGGGUAUAGAUGGCUCUACAUGGGACUUUCAGCUAUACACAAGUGGUAUCUACGAUGGUGAUUGUUCGGGUGAUCCAGAUGAGAUUGACCAUGCAGUUUUAAUAGUGGGAUAUGGCUCUGAAGAUGGUGAAGAUUAUUGGAUAGUGAAGAAUUCUUGGGGAACAGAGUGGGGAAUGGAGGGAUACAUAUAUAUCAGAAGGAAUACUAAUUUGACAUAUGGAGUUUGCGCGAUUAAUGCCAUGGCUUCAUAUCCAACGAAAGAGUCGUCUUCACCAUCUCCUUAUCCAUCACCAACUCCUCCACCACCACCACCUACGCCAGUGACACCGCCACCACCACCAACCCCCGUGACACCGCCACCUCCUCCUCCUUCUCCAUCACCAAGUGAAUGUGGAGACUUCUCCUACUGUCCAAGUGAUGAGACCUGCUGCUGCAUAUAUGAAUUCUAUGGUUUUUGCCUCAUCUAUGGUUGCUGUCCAUAUGAAAAUGCUGUUUGUUGUACUGGAACUGAGUACUGCUGCCCUGGCAAUUACCCCAUUUGUGAUAUCGAAGAAGGGCUCUGUCUCAAGAACUCUGGAGAUUACUUGGGAGUAUCUGCAAGGAAGAAAACGAUGGCUAAACACAAGUUCCCAUGGACCAAAUUCGAACAAGAAGAGAAGAAAUACCAACCUCUCGAGUGGAAGAGGAAUAGGUUUGCUGCAUUGUGAUGAGAAAGGGAAGGAAUUUAUUAUGAUUUAUGUGAAGUUUGCUGGUUGUUGUUACUCUUACUAUUUCAAUCUCUUCAAGGGCAGGCAUUGUGUCAUUCUGGCGUGCCAGGAGCUUUUAUGGAUUCUGAAUAUGUUGUAAGGAAAACCAGAUACAGAAGAUAAAAAGGGAAAAAGAGUGUUUUUUCUCUGCACAAUGUAUCAGAAACCAUAUUUUCAUCAUUAGUACUUUGUUUAAUUGAUUUUCAAUGGAUUAUAGAACGAUGUUCAAGUUA